GGCGCCAGAUACAGGGCUGCGGUAGCUCGGCCUCGGACCCGGUGUCCAGCGAGCGAAAGAGCAGCAGCUUAUCAUUUAACAAGUAAAUUCUGGCGGCCUGGCUGAGCUCCAGCUGGCCUGCUCCCCACCUCCCAGGAGUACGGGCCCGGGCCAGCAUCUCCCCUCCUGGGGUAAAGCGAUUGGAUGACCUUCGGUGAUGAACUCGGCCGCCCAGUUGUCGGUGAGGCGCUCGGUUCGGGGAAUCGGCAGGAGGGUUCGGGAGAAUCCCUUUCAAGCCUCUGCACAGCCAAUUCCCUUGAGAGUUCGGCGAGUUAGUAGGCGGCUGAGUGCUGUCUGGGUUGGAGCAGAUAGAAGAGAAUGAAAUCUAUUAUAAUUGAUCAAUGCUCCUUCUAAGGGCAGUAAAUUCAUUGCUAAGUUCACAAUCUCAAUGUCCAGUGAUACAAAACACACAGCAUUAGAAUACAGUUACCUCACGACACCUUCUGGCAAACAACAACUUCUGAGCUGAAGAUGACCUCACAAAGUUCCUUAUAUUCUUAAGUGAUAUCAAGUGAAAUCUCCUCAUCAUUCAGAUGAUAAUGGUGAAAUGCUCCUAAACUUUUUUUUUCUCAUUACUGAAACUUUGAUAAGGCAACGAGCAGAACAUAAUAACUGUGAGAUAUUUUCACUCGAAGAAAUUUCAUUACAUCAGCAAGAAAUAGAGAGAAUUGAACACAUUGACAAAUGGUGUAGAGAUCUGAAAAUUGUCUACUUUCAAAACAAUUUGAUUCCUAAGAUUGGAGGUUUUAUUUGUCUUACAGAAAAUGUUGGCAGACUGAAAAAACUGGAAUACCUUAAUUUGGCUUUGAACAACAUUGAACGAAUAGAAAAUUUAGACGGUUGUGAGUUUUUGAAGAAACUUGACCUCACAGUUAACUUUGUGGGCGAACUGACUAGUGUGGAGUCACUCAAACAUAAUGUUCACCUGCAUGAGCUUUUUCUGGUUGGAAACCCCUGCUGUGAGUUUGAUGGUUACAGGAAGUUUGUGAUUGCCACACUACCACAGCUGAAGUCGUUAGAUGGAAAAGAAAUCACUCGUUCUGAGCAGAUCCAGGCACUGCAGGAUUAUCCAGUAGUACAACAACGAGUUGUAGAGCAACAGCAGGCUUACAUCUUGAAACGAGCAAAGGAAAAACAUGUAUUGCAGAAGAAUUUAGAAGAGAAAGAGAAUAAUAAACUUGACCAUGGACAGAAUACAGAAAAUAAGCAAAGCAACAGCAAUGGGGAAGACGAUAAAGACCAAAAGAAUGUAGAUGAAGAUGAAAUGAACAGGAAAUUCUGGGAGGAGCCUACACAGUACACUCCAGAAUCCAGACUGGAGGUCCAUAGACACAUUGAGAAGAUUCGGAAAUUUAAAGACAAAGACAAAAAUUGGAAUAAACAAAAACCACGACGAACAUUGAUCACCUCUGAGGGACGUGUACUGAAUGUUAAUGAACCUAAGAUUGAUUUCACAUUGACCGAUGAUGAAGAAAAUUACCAAUUCGUCUUAGAUCUUGCUGUUUACAGGCAUAUGGACACAUCUCUACUUGAUAUCGACGUUCAGCCAACGUAUGUUCGUGUAAUGGUUAAAAGAAAGGUAUUUCAGCUGGUGCUUCCAGAAGAAGUAAAACCUGACAGCAGCUCUGCUAAGAGAUCCCAAACCACAGGACAUUUGCUUGUCACAAUGCCGAAGACACAAGAGAUGGUGAAGGCAAAGCCUAAAAGCACAUCUAGAACUCGAUCUGCAACAAGCACAAAGCCGCACCCCCAUGUAACAAGGACAAUUCAAGACAAUGAGAAGUUAGAAGUGGAUCCAAGCAAGCAUUUGUCGAUUGACUUGUCCAAUAUAGUGACAGAGAGGAAAUCGGUUGCUCAAGGCCCCCUCAAAUUUCAACAACAGAAGAUGCGAGAAAGGAACAGUGCUGACUUCCAGGAUAACCCUGAGGUUCCACCGUUGAUGGAUUAAAAAUAGAUAUGAAUCAGCACCAUUUAUCUAGAUAUCUGGCAUAGUAUCAUUCUUCUACUCAUUUAAUUAAUUUGUAAACUUAAACUUGAAUUAGAAAAAUUGUAUCAUGAUUAAGCAGUAAUGAACAUAAAGGUAUUCAUUACUAGAA